AUGUUAAAUGAAUAUGCAACAACUGUUGGAUUGUUUUUCUUUACGAUGUUUGAAUCAAAAUUUGCUCAUUUGGAACCUAAUGGAAUUUCAUCAAUGGAAAAACCAUUAAGUGAAUGGAUAUUUUUAUUAAAUCGUCCAACAUUUCCUUCUGGCCUUUAUAUGACAUCAGAAUUAAGGGAUAAAUUUCUUAGUCAAAACAAUCCUAAUGGGUUAGAUUUGGCAGCAAUUAUCUUACAAAUGGGUAGAGAUCAUGGGAUUGCUGGAUAUACUUUAUGGAGAGAAUAUUGUGGAUUAAGCAAAAUUUAUGAAUGGAAGGAUUUGGAAGAAAUUAUUUUUGAACCAAAAAGAAUUAUACCAAUAAUUUCUAAAUAUUUUAGAAAACUUCAAGAUGUUGAUUUAUUUAUUUUAGAAAAACCUUCAAAAGGUUCACUUUUAGGUCCAACAUUUGGUUGUUUACUUACUAAACAAUUUCUAAAGACAAAAAAUGGAGAUAGACUUUUUGUUGAUAAUUUAGGCCAACCUUGGUCUUUUAAUGAACAACAAAUUAAUGAACUUAAAAAAACUACUUUGGCUCAAUUAAUUUGUUCUAAUACAGAAAUAGAAGCAAUCCAACCUAGAGCUUUUGAAAUAAUUGAUAGUUUUGAUAAUUACCCGAUAUCAUGUAAUUCAACGAUAAUUUCUGGUCCAAAUUGGAUUGUAUGGAAAGGUGAAGAAUCAUUAAUUCAAAUGCCUUUUACUUCAAAUCUUGUUAAAAGAGCUAUUCAAUUGGGUGUUGAGAGAGCAAUGGAAAGGCGUAGAAGAGAAGCAAGGAAUAUUUCUUUUUAUAAAAAAAAUAAACUGAAUAAUGAUGAUUCUCUGUUUGCGUAUGCACAAAUGAUGAGACCAAAAAGAGAAGCAAUUUCUAUGGGAAGAAGAGGUCAUGUUUUAUUGGAGGCAACUAAAAUGUUAUUAAAAGGAGAUCCACAGUUGGGCGAUUCAUCAUUUAUAAGAGAAAUGGAUCCACAAGUAUUACAACAACUUUUGCCAAAAUUGGAUAUUACUUCAAUGUUAUCAAGUAUAGAACCUUUUAUUAAUUCAAUAGAACACAAAGGUAUUUUAUCUGAAUGUUUGCCUAGAGAUUUACCUUGUGAUCAUACAAGUCCAUAUAGAACUUAUUCUGGUUGGUGUAAUAAUCUUCGAUUUCCUCAUUAUGGUGCUGCUUUUAAUACCUUAAAACAUUUAAUGCCUCCAGUUUAUGAAGAUAAAAUUGAUAUACCUAGAUCUAUAGCAGUUAGUGGAGCACCUUUACCUUCUGCUAGAGCAAUAUCUAAUGCUAUACAUAUUGACAGAAAUUUUGAACAUAAAAAAUUUACACAUAUGGUAAUGCAAUUUGGACAAAUUUUGGAUCAUGAAUUAACACAUUCACCUGUGGAGAGAGGUCCAAAUGAUGAAAUAUUAAACUGUACACAUUGUGAUUCUCCAAAGACGCUUUCAGAGCAUUGUAUGCCUUUAUCUAUUCCUGACAAUGAUCCUUUCUUUCCAAAAAUUGAUGAAAAUGGAGAACCUCGUUGUUUACCCUUUGCUCGUUCCUUACUUGGACAAUUAACUUUAGGAUAUAGGAAUCAAUUAAAUCAAUUAACUUCAUUUAUCGAUGCUUCUGUUAUUUAUGGUUCUACACAUUGUGAAGCACCUCUUUUAAGGACAUUUGAAGGAGGACGUUUAAAUUCAACAAAUUUAGGACAUUUUAACCCAGAAGCACUCCCACAAGGUGAUCAAGAACAAGAUUGCAGGGGAAAGCCUUUAUUUCCUUGUUUUAUUGCUGGCGAUGAAAGAAACUCACAUCAACCAGGAUUAACAACUUUACAUAUUAUAUUUUUAAGAGAACAUAAUCGUAUUGCAAGACAAUUACAGGAAAUAAAUCCAAAUUGGAAUGAUGAAAAAAUUUACCAAGAAACUCGAAAAAUUAUUGGUGCUAUAUUUCAACAUAUUGUUUAUAGAGAAUAUUUACCAAAACUUAUUGGUCAAAAAGAGAUGAUUAAACAUGAUUUAUUACCAAAAAGUUCUGGUUAUUAUACAAAUUAUGAUCCAAAUUGUGAUGCUUCUAUUUCACAUCCAUUUGCAACAGCGGUUAAAAUUUUUUUAAUUUUAAAAAUAUUUUUACAGGCUUUUCGUUUUGGACAUACAUUAAUUAGAAGAUAUUUUCCUCGUCUAGAUCCUCGUUAUAAAAAUUAUUCUUUACCAAUAGAUUUAGUUGAAAAUUUUAAUAAUAUGGAAGAAAUAUAUAAUGAAAGAGCAGGUUUCUUGAAUUUUAUUUAA